AUGGGGGAGAAACCACAUAAAUGCAUAGAAUGUGGAAAGACCUUUCUUCAUAGCAGUAGUCUUAUUUCCCAUAAGAAGGUCCACACAGGGGCGAAACCAUAUAAGUGCAUGGAGUGUGGAAAGACCUUUAGUCGGUACCGUCAUCUUACUGACCAUCAAAGAAUCCACACAGGGGAGAAGCCAUUUAAAUGCAUGGAGUGUGGAAAGACCUUUGGUCAGAGCGGCAGUCUUACUUCCCAUAAAAGAAUCCACACAGGGGAGAAGCCAUUUAAAUGCAUGGAGUGUGGAAAGACCUUUGGUCAAAGCAGCAGUCUUACUUCCCAUAAAAGAAUCCACACAGGGGAGAAGCCAUUUAAAUGCAUGGAGUGUGGAAAGACCUUUGGUCAUAGCAGCAGGCUUUCUUCCCAUAAAAGAAUCCACACAGGGGAGAAGCCAUUUAAAUGCAUGGAGUGUGGAAAGACCUUUGGUAAUAGCAGCAGGCUUAUUUCCCAUAAAAGAAUCCACACAGGGGAGAAGCCAUUUAAAUGCAUGGAGUGUGGAAAGACCUUUGGUCAUAGCAGCAGUCUUACUACCCAUAAAAGAAUCCACACAGGGGAGAAGCCAUUUAAAUGCAUGGAGUGUGGAAAGACCUUUGGUCAUAGCAGCCAUCUUACUGACCAUAAAAGAAUCCACACAGGAGAGAAGCCAUUUAAAUGCAUGGAGUGUGGAAAGGCCUUUGGUCAUAGCAGCAGGCUUACUUCCCAUAAAAGAAUCCACACAGGGGAGAAGCCAUUUAAAUGCAUGGAGUGUGGAAAGACCUUUGGUGAUAACAGCAAGCUUACUUCCCAUAAAAGAAUCCACACAGGGGAGAAGCCAUUUAAAUGCACGGAGUGUGGAAAGACUUUUACUCAGGUCGGUAGUCUUACUUCCCAUAAAAGGAGCCACACGGGAGAAACCAUGUAAAUGCAACAGUGUGGAAA